AUGCUUUGGAAGACUCUGGUGCUGCUGCUGUUCUAUUGCAGUGCUUAUGCCACUGUCACCCACAGAUGGAGCAGAGCUGUGCUUUUCCCAGCUUCUCAGAGAUUCAAGAGGUCGUCAGCUGCCUUCCUGAACCCAGUGUUACAGAACUCCCUGGAGGAUGUGGUCCUGCUUUAUGAGUUUCUUUUAGCUGAGCUCGACAUCGACAAAGGUCAGAGGAUCUCCAUCAAGGAUGAGGAGCUGGCUUCCCUGAGGAAGGCUGCUGAGUUUGACACCAUCUGCAACGAGAUCAUCCCCAAGAGCAUCCCGGAGAUCCGCAGGCUGAGCAGCAGGCUGUCCUCCUACCCCAGGGUCCUCAAGAAGGAGGACUUUGAGAGGACAGUGCUGACCAUGGUCUACACGGCCUACAGAGCUGCCCAGUCCCAGGGGCACCAGAAGGACACCUGGGCUGAGUCCUUUGUCAACCUCUACAAAGCCCUGAAGAACGACUUGAUGCUGUCCUACAGCAAGCAGCCCUCGUAG